AUGAGUGAAUUAGACCUUGAGGAAAAUCGAAUUUCGAUUGAUGAAGAAAAAAUUUUAGACUUUGAGGAAUGCCGAAAUUUGAGCGAUGAUGUAAAAAUUUUAUCACACUUCGGAAAGGGUAGAAUUUGGGACGAUUUCAAAGUUAUUUGCUCACCAAACAUGGAAAAGAAAAAAGAAGAGUGUGAAUUAAAAUUGGAUCACUUAUUUGACCUUAAAAAUAUAAAUUUAAUGGCACCAAUAAGUGUCUCUGAUUUCGAAAAUAUUCUUAUAGGAAAUUCUUUAAUGCUCGAAAUCAGAAACUACGAAAACAGGAAAAUGAAAAUAUCGAAUGCUCAAGAAGAUUUAAAAGGAAUAAUUGAUUACUCUAAAUUUCUUAAAAACGGUGAGUUAGUAGUUGUUGAAGGGAAUCCUGUUUAUAAGGUCUACAUCUAUUCUGAUAACAAAAAUCAGUGGAGCUGCACGGAUAGCAUUAAACUCGUAGAAUAUAAACGUAUGAUAAUUUCUCAGGAAAGAGAUGGACUGAAUAAUAAUUAUACAUUAUUAGCCGUAGCCGGAGAGUUAAAUAAGAAGUCGGAAGAGCAGGGAGAAAAAUCAAAAGUCUAUUUUUAUUCAAUAAAAUCUGGUACAAUGGAAGCAUAUGAUGAAAAUGACAUCGACAUUAUGAAAUUUGUAAUUUUAGAGAAAGAGGAAUUUUUGUUCGUCUUUUUUGACAGGGAGUGCUUAUUCUAUAUCAUUAAUCUACGCACUUUUUUGAAAUCAAAAAGUUCAAGAAAUUUUGAUUUAUUGACCGAAAAUUAUUUUGCUAUUCCUGGUUAUAUUGUACGAUUUAAUAAUCGCCUACAAAUCGAAAGUUUAUCUCAAAAUGUAGAGUGGAAAGAUGACAUACACAGCGAACCAGGAAAUGAUAAUAAAAUUGAUUUACGUUCUUACGAAGAAGAAAUAAAAGACAGAAUAGGAAAUAUUUUAGAAACAUAUAAGCUAAGCCAAGACAAGGUUCAAGUUCCCCAAAAAGAAUAUUAUAAAGGCCACCUAUACACCUGGAUUAUUGAUUUCGUGAAACGUGAAAAUGCAUUAGUAGCUAGAUUAACGCCCAAGCAGUCUAAGACAGAUGAAGAUAUAGGAAGUUUAGUGGUAAAUCAAGCUUCAACAUCUGAGUUUCUGUUAGUGGGUCCGGAAUUAGUGGAACAAGAUUUUUCGCAUGAAGAUAUGUUACACAGAUAUAUUUAUGACAUCUCAUUUCUGAGAUUAUACAGAAGAGACCUGAUCGAAAUAUCAAUUCAAACGAAAAGAGUUGACUUUAGUGUGAAAUGCAUUAAGUUUAUUGUUGAAUAUAGUUUAAAUAAUAUAGCAUCACUGGAAUUAAUAAGCGAAGAUUUGCUCCAAAAAUUAGCUGAAAUUAAAAAGAGUUGA